CUUUCCUUUUCUCUCUCUCUCUUGUUUAAAAAAAUAAACUAUCUAAAUAAUAAAUGGCUGAAAAAAAAGUAACUCCCAAGAAGAAUCAUGCUACUUAUCAACAAAUGAUAAGCGGUGCCAUAUCUUCAUUAAAGGAACGUAAUGGUAGCUCUCGUCCAGCCAUCAAAAAGUACAUUCUUGCAAACUAUGGAUUGACUGGGGGUACCCACUUUGAUGCGCAAAUCUCUGCAGCCAUACGACGCGGCGUAGAAAAAGGCGUAUUUGCCAUUCCCAAAGGCAUUUCUGGUACAAUCAAGUUGGUCAAACCAGAAAAAAAGACCUCCACUGCAUCUACAAAGAAAACUACUACUGUCAAGAAAGUAACAGAUGAGAAGAGCCUUAAAAAAGUAACUCCAGUCAAGAAAGCUGCUCCAGUCAAGAAGGCCAUAAAACGCGUUGCAGCUGAGAACGUCGAACCCGUCAAGAAAGCAAGAAAAGCUCCUACUGUAAGAGUCAAUAAGCCAAAUGUUGCCGCUUGAAUAUACUCUUCCCCCCUCUUUCAUAAUCAAUUUUCAUUAAUAAAUAUGUCGUCGCUUUUUAACACACCA